CAAACAAGCACAUUUACCAAAAUUUCGGAGGGGGUAGAAAAGCCACGCUGUAAGCUAAGUGAUACCUCAGUCACUGAGAGGGGCCGGAGCUCCGGCUUCGAUUUCCGACAAGAAUCCGACGCCAUGUCCGCUCAGGAAACCGACUCCCGCUCACCCCUCGACAAACCUCUUCACCAGCUCACCGAGGAUGACAUUUCUCAGCUUACUCGCGAGGAUUGCCGCAGAUACCUCAAAUCCAAAGGCAUGCGACGCCCGUCGUGGAACAAAUCUCAGGCGAUCCAGCAAGUCAUCUCGCUCAAGACGCUUCUUGAAAGGACGUCGGAUUCCGCCACUGCCGACGCCGCCACAACUGUCAAGAAGUUCUACAUUCCCUCUCCUGAAAAUCCUCAUCGUGUCCCUUUUACUUCGCCUGCUUCGGCAAAAGUGACGGCGGCCGAUACUCGGAUCUCUGUGUCGGCCGAAGAUUUGGCUUCAUAUCGGCGAAAAGAUCCCGAAAAGCCUGAUCUUCACGGCAAUUUGUCGGGGGGUCUCGCUGCCGCUGACAAUGAUUCAGUAUCACCGAGAACCACAUGUUUGGCUAAUAUGCCAUUGGCGCAGAUGACAAUUUUCUACUGUGGCAAGGUCAAUGCCUAUGAUGAUAUGCCAAGUGACAAGGCACGUGCAAUCAUGCAACUUGCUGCAAGCCCAUUCCAUUUUCCUCAAGAAGCUUCAUCUGAUGGGGUUACUGUAUUUCGGUCUUCUUCAUGCCUAUUACAGGCUGCAAGUGCCAAAGUAGCCCCAAGUCCUCCCAUGAUAUUCCAGACUCUGCAAUCAGUAAAAAUGACUGAAAAUAUAUCACCACUCAGUGAGGAAAAUGUAUCUCGUGAAGACAACCUUGAAGGUCCAACCAGCCGAAAAGCAUCAGUACAAAGAUAUCUUGAGAAGCGAAAGGACAGGUUUAAGAGCAAAAGGAAGGUAGGGAUCCCUUCAUCUGGUAGCUUAGAUGUCUAUUUGAACCAUCGGAUUGGUGAGACCCCAAAUGAGCAGUUAAGUGGGAGUGAUGCAUGCUCCCCUCAACCCCGGCCACCCCACACACCUACUCGUUGCAGCUCGGUUGAGAAUAGAGCAAAAAAUGCCAAUCUCUCCUCUAACCUCAAUGAGCCAGGCAUUCACGAGCAGUGAAUAUGGAUUUUAACCAACACAACGUAGAGAGUUGUUUAUUGCGAUCAAAUUUCGAGCCUACUUGCAUCGAAGAUUGCCAGGUGGAGAAUGGGUAACGUUGAAAAUGCAGACAAAACUGCAUUAUGAGAUAGACUGUGAAACAUGAUUCACCUUAUAUUCACCUCUUGAAAGACGUCUAGAGUAUUUCUUUUGAGGUGGGUUGUGUUAUGCAUGGGUCCAGCUUGUAAUGGUGCAUAUGUAACUAGAUUUCUCUAGUCCUUCCACUUGUAUUCUGGACCCUGACAAUCUGAACGGAAUCAUGUCAGAGUUGAGAGGGGGCUGACGGAAGGGUAAUUAUGAGCUUAAUAUUUGUGAUGAUCAAUAAACACAGUUGAUUUGAUCGCGGCCAAA